GAGCUUUUCGUGAAACCCUAACCCUAACCCUAACCCGACGCUUUAUAAGGCCUUUCCAUCUCUCCGCAACCCAAAACCCUGACGCUAGGGACGCCUCCUAUCCUUAUUCCUCCCAAAGGAUUUACUGGACGAAUUCUCUACUCCCGUCAGAGAAUGGCAAACCCCAGGGUAUUCUUUGAUAUACUGAUUGGAAAGGCAAAAGCUGGUCGCGUUGUGAUGGAGCUGUUUGCCGAUGUCACCCCUAAAACUGCUGAGAAUUUCCGGUGUCUCUGCACCGGAGAGAAGGGGAUUGGGAGGUCGGGCAAGCCAUUGCACUACAAGGGCUCUACCUUCCAUCGCAUCAUCCCCAGCUUCAUGUGCCAGGGUGGGGACUUCACCAGGGGCAAUGGAACUGGUGGCGAAUCCAUCUAUGGCCUCAAGUUUGAGGAUGAGAACUUCAAGAAGAAGCACACGGGUCCUGGUGUGCUAUCCAUGGCCAAUGCUGGUCCCAACACAAAUGGAUCACAGUUCUUCAUCUGCACCGAGAAGACUUCAUGGCUGGAUGGAAAACAUGUGGUGUUCGGCAAGGUUGUCGAUGGCUACAGCGUGGUGCAGGCAAUGGAGGAGGUGGGUUCUGAAAGUGGGAGGACUUCUUCGCUGGUGGUGAUCGAAGACUCUGGACAGAUCAUGGAAAAUUGAUUCGUGCAAGUAGAGGCUGUCAUGUUGUGUGGGUUACUGAAUGCUUCAGGCUGUAAGAUCUAUGUACUAAGAUUUGCCUGUAUCUUGGCAUUUUGAUUAAUUCAGGUCAUUCACAUUCA